CUUAUCCUCUAUAAUAUGGAAACAUAAACGGGUAUUAGAACAACCUGACAUAGACUAAAGGGGCCAAUCAGGAGGAAAUGUACAACUAAACGUCUCAUUUGCAUUGUAAUUGUGACGUUUCUGAUCGCCAUCAGCGCAGUGCAAUUUAAACAUAUGAAUUCACUGAUUAUGGAUAAAAUGGAGCCAAAGGUUUAUGAGCAUUGUGAGGACAAAUUCCGUGAUGAAAACGAUCAAAUUCCAAAUGUUACUGAUAAAACGAUUGCAAUAGGUGGUGGUAUCACGACAAGAGGACUAAAGGGAAUAACUGCGAUAAAUAUGGUUUCUAAAUUACCGUUAUUCAAAAGUUUGCUUCCGAGUUUUUGUAAAACAGCAAGUAAAGGAUUCAGCUAUUAUUUCUAUUUGGCUUAUGAUCACAACGACCCUUAUUUCAGCCUUCCUCAUUCACAUGAAAUGUUCAUCAAGGAAUUCAACAAUUCUGUGGAGAAAGGCUGCCCAUCAGACAUACAAGUUCGAGUUCAUUUAGUGCGUUGUUGUCAUGCGGCAAAACCAGCAUGGGCACAAAAUGAUGCAAUGUGGGAAGCAUACCUUGAUGACAUUCCAUUCUUCUAUCGUAUCAAUGACGACAGCGACAUGCUUACGGUGGGAUGGUCUGAGGUUUUUAUAGACACCUUAUCCAAAUAUAACCCCCCUUAUGUUGGAGUCGUUGGCCCAGAUCAUAGUGGAGGGAACACUGCCAUAUUGACUUAUGAUUUCACCCACAAAACCCACAUGGAUAUAUUCGGAAUGUAUUACCCACGGGUUUUCACAGAUUGGUUUGCGGACGAGUGGGUGACAAAGGUUUAUCAUCCUGAUCAUUCUUCCAAACGUAAAGAUAUCAAACUUAAGCAUACUGAGGAAGCUGGGAGAAGAUAUGAUCUCCAUCUUGACAUUAAGCAAAAGCUGCAAACUACUAUAGAGUCAACGCAAAGAGUACUAAAGCGUUACAUAGAAUACCGAAAUUCGAAAGAGCCUACUAAGGAUCCCAACAAACAGAAAAUAAUUUCAAUGGCCUUAUAUAGGAAUAGAAGUGCUAGUUUGUUCGGGGCAAUUCGCAAUGCUCAGCUUACCCCAGUCAAUUUUCCAGGCUGGACUGCAAGGUUCUAUAUUGAGAAACCGUCGGGUAAAUUACAAUUUAACAAAAUACCAGCAAAUGUAAUAAGUAAACUAAAACAUCUUGGAGCCCAAAUAUCUUAUGUGGAUACUCAGGUUACGACAUUAUCUCCAGAGUUGUGGCCAUAUUUGGCCAGUGAUGAUUCAACUGUAGAGAGGUUUAUUAUACGGAAUGUUUCGUUCCGUAUAACAGAUCGUGAAUUUACUGCGAUUGAAGAGUGGAUCAAAUCUAAUAGAACAUUCCAUUGUAUCCGGGAUCAUCCUUCUCAUAUAACCCCCAUCAUACCAGACCUCAUUGGAGGUGUAAAUUUCGGUAUAAACACCCUAUUUUCAGGAUCCUGGCGUAUUCAUCUAGGCAGCCGAGGUUUCUUGAAUAACCUAUGGGAUCAGUAUAAUGAACAUUUUUAUUGUCAUGACAGCUUUACAUGUAAAAGCCAACCUGAAUCAUUCCCCUUUAUAACCCCACGUGAAGGAGACACAUUCAUUGGACAGACAUACGAUGGAUAUCAACAGGCAGCUAUACCAAACGAAACUGAAGUUCUUACAAAGGCAGAACUAGUUCCUGCAUGUCUUGACCCUAAAAGUUCAAUCGAUAAAGUUGGACCCCCAGAAAAUGUUCACAUAGUGCCAAUCCAUCCAGUUUUUGAAAAUGCUCAACUUGUUUCUUUAGCAACAUCUCAAACAACAAACAGCUCAAAGUAAUGAUGUGGCAAUGUCAUGACAACCAUAUUAAAUGCAAACAGUUU